AUGGCUCGUUCGGAUGAUGUGUACACUGAUGUCCCGGGAACUGUAUACCUGGUCGAUGCAUCCGCAUCUUUAACGGGUGCUGCCCAUGCAGGGCAGGAUAUUCUUCUGAUCCCACAGCCUUCAUCCUCCCCUGCUGAUCCUCUGAAUUGGUCUAGAAGCAAGAAAUACUGGUCUCUAUUUCUUAUCUCUGCCUAUGCGUGCGUUAACUCCUUUGGCGAAAACAAUUGGGGUGCAGCAUGGACAACCAUAUCCAAGGAGACUGGAGUUACGCUGGAGAACAUGAACGGGGGCUCUGCCCUCAACUACCUCCUGCUUGGAUUCUUCAAUGUGAUCUGGAUCCCCACAGCAAUGAAGCUUGGACGAAAGAUUGUUUAUAUUCUGAGUUUACUCUUCGUUCUCGGCAGCGGUAUUUGGGGUGCGUUCUUCGAAGGCACAGCCCAAUACUACGCUAUGCUUGCUAUUGGUGGCAUCGGAACGGCCGCAUAUCAAGCCCUUAUUCAAUUAACGAUCUUUGAUCUUUUCUUUUCACACGAGCGCGGUAGGAUGGUGGCCAUCUAUAUUUUCUUCCAGCAGCUGGGUUCUAUCUUGGGCCUGAUUCUGGGAGGGUACAUCACCGAUGGUAUCGGCUGGAGAUGGAGCCAGCCUAUUGUUGCGAUUGCAUGCGGUAUCUUGAUCUUGCUAUUUAUCUUCACUUUCGACGAUACAAUGUUCCCGAGAUACCGAUUCGGGAACAGCAGCCCUUCAGCUGCGAAGACUGAGACCUUGACCACACAGGAUGACGCACAAAUCACCUCUGAGAAGGAUCAGAAGCUGGAACCGUCUACAUCUGUCGCUGUAAGCCAUGGCGCUGGUGAAGUCGACAUUCCCCCUCGGACCUAUCGCCAGAAAGUCGCCCUGAUCCACUACCUCGAAGAUGACCAGACGACUUGGUAUCAGUACUUCCGUCGCCCGUUUUUCCUCUUUGCGUUUCCGAACAUCGUGCUGGCCGGCAUUCAAUUCGCAUUUGGCUGUACAGCCGGCAUCAUCUCUUUCAACACCAUCUCGGAGAUCAUGACGGAGCCACCAUACAACUGGAGUGCAGGCUCAGUAGGCCUACUAUUCCUAGCAGCUCUCGUCGGUAACUUCAUCGGCAUGGGCAUCGGAUCCUUCUCAGACUGGAUCGUGCUCUUCCUAGCCCGUCGGAACAAAGGCUACAAAGAGCCCGAGAUGCGUCUCUGGGCCUACGUCCUUCCAAUUAUUCUCGCUGCUAUCGGCUACUUCACCUACGGCUGGGGCGCCACAGCCGGUGACCACUGGAUCUCGAUCGCCGUCGGGCUCUGCUGCAUGAUCGCACAGCAAGUCUCGGCGACGAGUAUCGCAACCGCAUAUGCGAUGGAGUGCUUCGACCGGAUAUCCGGAGAACUCGUCAUCGUUCUCGCCAUUUGUUCCUCCUGCAUCAACUUCGCCAUUUCCUUCUCGGUGCAGCAUUUCAUCGAUGCAACGAAUUACGGCUGGACGCUUACAUUCUUUGGUAUCUGGGUGCUUUUGUCCAUGCUUAUGGCCGGGCCGAUGUUGAUCUGGGGGAAGAGCUGGAGACGGAGGUGUAAGGGGCGUUAUGAGACAUUCCUUGCUGAGACUGGACGCUCGGUUUCGUAA